AUCUCAUAAUCUACAUUUUAAUUAUUAAUUUUAAAUAAAUAUAUUUCUAUGUUAUUGGAUCGCUACUCACCAACUGGUGGUUGCGUGAGAAGAUCCAGACAUAAAAUCCCCCUCUUCUUCAGAUCUCGGAUUUCACUUCGUUUCUACCCCUUUCAUUUCUCUGCAACUCUUUCUCUCUCAGCCAUGACGAAGAACAUCUUAGUUACGGGCGGAGCUGGAUACAUCGGCAGCCACACGGUUCUUCAGCUUCUGCUCGGAGGAUUCAAGGCAGUCGUCGUCGAUAAUCUCGACAACUCCUCCGAUAUCGCCAUCAAAAGAGUCACCGAACUUGCCGGGGAGUUCGGAAAGAACCUCAUCUUCCAUCAGGUUGAUCUUCGGGACAAAGAAGCCUUGGACAAAAUCUUUGCUUCGUCAACUUUCGACGCUGUCAUUCACUUUGCUGGUUUGAAAGCUGUUGGUGAAAGUGUCCAGAAACCACUGCUUUACUAUAAUAACAACAUUAUUGGCACAAUAAAUCUUUUGGAAGUCAUGGCUGCCCAUGGGUGCAAAAAGCUAGUAUUUUCAUCCUCAGCUACUGUUUAUGGAUGGCCAAAGGAGGUUCCCUGUACAGAAGAUUUCCCACUAUGUGCAACAAAUCCGUAUGGGCGGACCAAGCUUUUUAUUGAAGAGAUCUGCCGUGAUAUCUUCCGUUCAGACUCUGACUGGAAGAUCAUACUACUCAGAUAUUUCAAUCCAGUUGGAGCUCAUCCCAGUGGUGAUAUUGGCGAGGAUCCUCGUGGAAUUCCAAACAAUCUUAUGCCCUUUGUACAGCAAGUUGCUGUAGGCAGGAGGCCUGCACUAACAGUGUUUGGGAAUGACUAUUCAACAAAGGAUGGUACUGGGGUGCGGGAUUACAUCCAUGUUGUUGACUUGUCAGAUGGACAUAUUGCUGCACUGCGCAAGCUAUUUGAAGGUUCCAAUAUCGGUUGUGAAGUGUACAACUUAGGAACUGGAAAGGGAACUUCUGUCUUGGAAAUGGUGGCUGCAUUUGAGAAGGCCUCUGGCAAGAAAAUCCCUCUUGUUAUGGCUGGAAGGCGACCCGGUGAUGCAGAAAUUGUUUAUGGUUCAACUGACAAAGCAGAGCGCGAGCUCAACUGGAAAGCGAAGUAUGGAAUUGACGAGAUGUGCCGGGAUCAGUGGAAUUGGGCCAGCAAGAACCCCUAUGGCUACGGUUCACCUGACUCUGCCAAUUGAUAGUCCGAUUACCAUCUCCCCUCUUACCACCUGAUCUUCCACUCUUUCUUCCCACAAUGGUGUUUCCUUCACCACCCUCCGAUUAGAAUUCAGUGUGGUGUGCGCCCCAUCUCUUCGACCUAUUGUAGAAAUGUGGCUGGGUUGGAGUUGGUUGAUUAGCUAGAUACAUCUGUGCCUGGCUGAGCUGGCUUUUAUUUUUAACUUACUAUUAUAUAAGUAAUAAUGAUGGAGCGUCAUGUUAGGUA